GGAGAGAGAAAAGGAUCUGUCGCAUGGAAUCUUGGCUUGUUGAUGCCUAGGCUACAUCGGAAAACCCCACAACAUCGUCUCCUCUGUGCUGGUUGCACUGCUGAAUCAAAGACAUGCAGGAAUGUUGUGGUCCACAUCCUCCUGAACAGCAGAGAUGACAGGUGGGUCCCGUGCAAUGCCCAUACGAACCUUUUCCCCAUCCCCUUUGCGGAUCGCCAUCCCUCCGGCAAACACACAUUGUGGCUUGCAUCUUGCCAACCUAUCCCGUCACCGUUCGUCUACACCCUUUCUCGGGAGGCGGCGUUGUUCCCGCAUAACAAGUCUGCAGAAAAGGCGGCAGGGCCUAAUUAAAGUAACGUUGCGCUACAACUCCGACAUCAACAACAACAACCACAACAACUCCUCACACACAUACAUCAUAUUCUACGAUCGAUCUUGUUGUUCGUUCUGUUCGGUGCACACCCACCACCACCAACCCCUCCUCGACUCCAAAGGCACAUUCAGUCUGCGAGGCAUAUUUUUAGGAAGACCCAACUACAAAACACAAGUGAUUUCUCACGACAGCUGAUGUUCUCUUCCUCUGCGUUGGCUAAGCUGCCGCCACCCCCUUUCAGACGGCCAACAACUGCCACUGCCUACAGCAGCCUAAACAAAGGUUGAGGGCCAAAAAAAAGGGCUUGUUCGGUCCUUCUCAGCCAAUCAGUCCAGCCUGACCGGUGCCCUGGGGAUAAGAUUCUCAACCUUGCUUUAUACAUCGUUACAAGGCCUACCUGAACGCCGCCCCGCCCAAAAAGAAACAUCAAAGCACUUAUAAUUAAAAUUGCGCCUCCUUCAACUUUAGAACCUUUGGUGCUUACCCCUCUCCGCCAAGGUUCCCACAGCCUGCGCCCAUCUACCUUUUCUUAUUUUCUUUGCUUCUUCUUUCUUUUUUUUUUCUCUUGCUCGUCACGAGAGCCGUCCCAAUCCUUAUAGGAUUCGGCGGGCUGCAUUGCAUUGCUGCAAGUAAUCUCAGCCGUCGAUAGAUAUAAAGUAUCGACCGUUUUGGCCGUCCCUAUUUUCCACCCACCACAACCUUUCCUUCGCACUCUCGAGAGGUUGGGCCAGACUACGACAUAUUCCUCGAGUUCGCAUUCAGGUCUAAGGUCGAAUCAAUUCAUUGAGGGUCUGAAAUUUCAAAACAAUACCAGAAGACCAAUCCCCCCUGACAUUUCUCAUUUUCUUUUUUUCUUUCUCCAGGUGUAGAGUAUAGGCCCUCAUCAUCAUCAUCAUCAUUAAAGAUGGGCUUACGGCUGCUCUUACCUGUCGUCCUAGCCGCUGUUGACUCGGUCACGGCGCAAGGACUUGGGGGCUUAUGGCCUGUUCCUCAGCCCACCUUCUCGUCUGGAAACACGUCCUUGUUUAUCAACGAGGACAUCCAGGUCACUCUCAACGGAGCAAGCCUGACCUACACGGCCGACUAUGAGCCCAGCUCGCUAUCCAGCGCGCAGCUGGUCCAGGCCGGUGUCUCGAGGACCCUGGACAGCAUCUUCUCAGCCAACUUUGUCCCCUGGAUGCUGGUGCCCCGGUACAAGCUGUCCAGCUACGAGCCCGCGCUCAACGCCUCCGCGGCGAGCGUCACGUCUCUGGCCAUCACCCUCACCAGCAGCAAUGCGACCUUCCAGCCCUCAACAGCCGAGGUGGACGAGUCGUACAACCUGACCAUCAGCGAGACCGGCUCGGCCAGCCUCUCUGCCGUGUCGACCAGCGGUGUCCUGCACGGCCUCGAGACCUUCUCCCAGCUCUUUUACGAGCACUCGAGCGGGACGGCCUGGUACAUGGUCAACGCGCCCAUCGAGAUCCAGGACAAGCCCGUCUAUGCAUGGCGCGGCGUGAUGCUGGACACGGCCCGCAACUUCUUCCCCGUCGACGACAUCAAGCGCACCAUCGACGGCCUGUCGUACAGUAAGCUGAACAAGCUGCACGUGCACGUCACCGACUCGCAGUCCUGGCCCCUCGAGGUCCCCAGCCUGCCCGACCUGUCCGGCAAGGGCGCCUACAGCCAGGCCCAGGUCUACUCGGCCGACGACAUCCAGUCGCUCCAGGAGUACGGCAUCGCCCGCGGCGUCGACGUCUACUUUGAGAUCGACAUGCCAGGCCACAUCGGCGUCGUCGGCGAGGCCUACCCGGACCUGGUCGUCGCCUACGACGCCCAGCCCUACACCACCUACUGCGCCGAGCCUCCCUGCGGCGCGCUGAGGCUGAACAACUCGGGCGUCGAGGACCUCCUGGGCACGCUGUUCGACGACGUCCUGCCGCGCGUCGCCCCUUACACGGCCUACUGGCACACGGGCGGCGACGAGCUGAACGCGCAGGACUACCUGCUGGACCCGGACGUCAACACCAACGACACCGCCGUGCUGCAGCCCCUGCUCCAGGAUUUCAUCGAUACCCAACACACCCGUGUCCGCGAUGCAGGCCUGAACCCCAUGGUCUGGGAGGAGAUUGUCACCACCUGGAAUGUUACCCUUGGGUCCGAUGUCGUGGUCCAGUCGUGGCUCGGCGGGACUGCCGUGCCAGACCUGGCUGCGAAUGGCUACAAGGUCAUUGAUUCCAACUAUGAGUUUUACUAUCUCGACUGCGGUCGCGGCCAGUGGGUCACCUGGAGCAACGACCUCUGGUCCACCGGCUACCCCUUCAACGACUGGUGCAGCCCCACCAAGAGCUGGGAGCUCAUCUACUCCCACGACCCGGCCGCCGGCGUCUCCGCCAACGCCACCUCCAACGUCCUGGGCGGCGAGCUCGCCCUCUGGUCCGAGACCAUCGACCCCCAGAACCUCGACUCCCUCGCCUGGCCCCGCGCCGCCGCCGCCGCAGAGGUCCUCUGGUCCGGCCGAACGGACGCCGCCGGCCAGAACCGCAGCCAGGUCGAUGCCGCGCCGCGCCUCAACUCGCUUCGGCAGCGCCUCGUGGCCAGGGGGCUCGGCGCGAGCCCCAUCCAGAUGGAGUGGUGCACCAUGUAUCCCAACGCCACCGGCUGUGCCCAGCCUGCUUAGGGGCAGGUGGUGGUGGCGGUAGAUGAGGACACACCCGCGCUCGUUGUGGUGGUGGUUCUUGUCGAGGUCGAGGUCCUAGUGGUGGAGCAGGUUGUCGUCGUCGUCGUCGUCGUCAUCGUCGUCAUCGUUACUGAGGAGGUCGUCACAUCCAUAGACGCCUCCUCCUUCUCCCUCAGAGAGGACGUCCUCCUCCUUGAGGACCUUGCCUUACCCGAGGCACAGAAUCCAUUGGCAACAUAGUCAGCCGACCUGGGCGGGCUCGUGCAGCGGCGCUUUCUUCUUGUACAUAAAUAUCUUUAUACUCGAUGCAGUCUCUCUAAUGGCGUAACGUAUCAAUGUCGUAUAAUGAUGUUGACUUCUCUCAAAUGUGGCAGAAAGUGAAAAAGACAAGUCGUAACCUGG